GAUUUUGCUCAUCAGUGCUGAAUUUGGGUCAGUAAACUUAUAUUGCAGAAAAUAUGGCAGCUUCCAUUGUACAGUGUGUUCCGGUUAUAAAGCUAUAAAAAUUGUUAUUCCCUUAUUGGACAUGUUUUGAGGACAAACCUUCAUCAAAAUGGAGGAAGUAAAUACGCAGCAGUCAACCAACUGAAAACUAGGACAGCAACAAAACAAAAAAAAAUUGGAACAGUUCGGAUGCAGUCGCUUCAUGGAAGCGUGUGGAUGUGCGUUGAAUUUCAAAUUUCCAUCCAGAUAUUAUGAAACUGCAGUAUUUUUCCAUCUUUUUCUUACUCUCUUGCUUAUUGCUGGCUCUUCCCUCAACAAGAUCUUUCGAGAUAAUUCUUUCAAUUGAGUCGCUAGGCAGUGCCAAAAAGGAUGAGUCAAAUACGGAAAAAUCGGUAUCAACUAACACUGUCGUUGAAAACGGCCCAGAUCCGUCGUGCAAGCAGCCGAUAGAAAAGGGUCCUUGCUACGCCGCCUUUCCCAGAUUCGCCUACGACCCGCUCAAAGGUGGCUGUUUCGCAUUUUUGUACGGCGGAUGCGGUGGCAACGAAAACAACUUCAGAACACAUGACGAGUGCCUGAAAAACUGCAACGUUGCCCAAUUCAAGAAUUCCAACUUUGACGACGUCCCGACCAAUGAUAAAACCGUCGUCGAAGCCAACUGAACGAUUUUUCCAAAUUUCUCUUUUGUCAUUGUAUUUCAUCAUGAACAGAUAAGCCCGGUAUCCAAAAAGAGCACCAACUUCUACAAUUAAAUUAUCAUCGAAAAAUUCACCCUUCAACAUUUGUGUGAGCUGCACAUUGACAUAGAUUAGUAAUAUUAAACGAAAUCUUUUUUUAUUGAAUAAUACACGUUGAAUAAAGGGUUGUGGCCUUUUCUCGUCAUUAGCUUGAAACUUUAAAAUUACCGAUAGUUAAUUCAAUGAAAUAGAUUGAGAUACGAGUAAAUUUAAAACAGAAAUCGCAAUAAAAAAUGAAGAAAUAAAAAAUAAAAAAAUUUAUUUCAUUUUUAAGAAGGUCUCUUAUUUCCUC